AUGGCAGACGCCAUAUCUCCAGCGCAGCCCUCUGGCUGGCGAAUUCCCAAGGCAUGCCAAGAGUGCCGGAAGAGGAAGAUCAAAUGCAAUGGUGUCACCCCCUGCAAAACCUGCCAGCUGCGCCAUACCCCAUGCAUCUAUCGAGAGGUCACCCGACAGCGCAGAAAGAAAAAUCAAUAUCCAGAGGCCGCCGUCAGUGAGGGAUUUCACUCGAACGGGGGCACGCCGGACGACCACGGCACACGGCAGCAGUCGCCUAGUUUGAUGCCGCCAGCCCGGCGGAGAAACCCGUCCGUCAGCUUGACCUUCAACAACAGCGUCUCCGCCACCCACAUGGCGUCGCCAUCUUGCAAGGUACAAUUGUAUUAUGGAUCGACUUCCCACUUCGCGCUCAUGCAUGAAAUAUACAGGGGUCUCGUUUCCAAUAAUCCAUCCACGGAAGCGCAGAAGCCCCAGGGCGAGGUUGAAGAAGCCGGGGCGGGCCUGGACAUGUUUAGCUUCCGUCGGAUCUUUUUCGGGACCCAGGCCGAGUCGCACGACUCGAACAAGAUUACCAACGGGCCCGAUGCCCCGGUGCUGUUCCUGCCAUAUGAGUUGGCCAAGGACUUCCUCCGGCGCUUCUUGGCAACGCUGUAUAAUCUGGUGCCAUUUUGGUCCAAGGAUGCCUUCUAUCAGCAGCUCGAUCACAUGUAUCGUCCAACACCGGAUUCGCGCUCCGAUAAGUGGUCACAAUCCCUGUUACUUCUAGGAUUAGCCAUCGGGGCUCUAGGAACGGAGCACCAUAGCUGGGGAGAUAUCUUGUAUGAACGUGUAAAGGCUUCUACCUCCUCUCUUGAUGACGUGGUCAAUCUUCAGACCGUGCAACUUUCUAUGCCCAAUUCGGCUUUCCUUCUAAUGGGCACAGCUGCCCGCAAGGCUAUUUCCGCUGGGCUGCAUAAAGAGGCUCCUACCGAGGGUGGAGAUGCUGCAGAUAGCAUUGAGGAACGGCGGAGCACAUUUUGGGCACUCUAUUUCUAUGAAGUCUGGACUUGUUUCCAUCUCGGACGACCCAGAUCUCUCUCGUCGAAAGACAUUGGGGUCGCGCUGCCGCAGAAUCCCUUUUUGCAGGUCUUGGUUCAUCUUUCCAAGGUUUUCUCCCGAUCAGCCGAUGAGAUGUAUGGGCGACGCCACGAAUCAUUGCUGCAAAUGUGGAAGAUCGCUAGAUCGAUAGCUGAUGACCUUCGAUGUUAUGAAUCGAUGAUGCAACAUGCAGUGGGGUGUGGACUUGAUAAAUCGACUCAACCGGGGAGCUUGGGAGUACGGCAGAUUAUCCUGACAACUCUCUAUUAUCAUACGAUUCUGCUGACCUUCCGGCCAUUCUUAAUCUUCCGGGCCCGGUGGCGGCACGAUAUGAAGAUAUCAUCUCAGCAGCCAGGAAGCAGCACAGCCAAACGGCCGACAGAAAUGCCCACCUGGCUGAACGAGGCCUGUAACCAGGCCCUUAGUGCCGCUUGCAGAACUAUUCAUCAUCUCUAUGAAGCUUCCAUAUACAAUGAACUUGUUCGGGAACUCCGCUAUCAUGGAUACUUCCUGGGAAGUUCUUCUUUCGCGCUUAUUUAUGAUUUAAUGCAUGGCGAGAAUUUGGCAUCCACCCACCUUCCGUGGAUUCAUGCCGCCUUACAAGGCCUUUCCGCCAUGCGACAGGGUGAGCCUAUUUCUAGCUCCAUGUCUGCUAUUCAAACAGUCUUGCGAAAGCUGAACCCGUCAUACGAAUGGUCACCAAAUGCAAUUCAAUCUUACAGUUCAGAGCACCCCAUCAAUACCACGCGACAGUACGCCGGAAACAUCUCUCAUCAUCCACAAGGCCCUAUUCCCGGCCCCGUUCACGCUGGUCUAGUCGGGGGAGGGGGUCUAUCGAUGCUCUCUGAUUUCCAAGGGAACUCCUUGCAGGAUGGUAUACGCAUGCCAAGUGGCAGUGUGGGUAGUGGUGAAGAUCUUCUGGACUUCACCCAGUCCGACAUGGGCUGGGACUUUGACUUCUCAACGAUGGAUCUUGAGGCCUUCUUUUCGAUUAACCCAACACUCGACCCGCCCAUAUUUUAG